UUAAUGAGGCCCUCCCCACUUAUGCCCUCCUAUCGGCCUGCUCAUGGCAGCCUUUGGAGUUAUCUCCAUAGCUACUGAGUCUGGAAUUCUCUAAACUCUUGUUAUGAUCCCACUCUGAAGAGGGGAAAAGUAGGCGUUGCCCACGGUGCAUUGUUACAAGCCGGCCGAGGCCAGAACAAAUCAUGCUUAAAUGCCCUUUUCCCCUGAAAGCUAGGGCCUAGGGUAACUUGCUAGCUACUUUCCUCUAGAAAAACUUGUGCUUCCUGUCUAUAGAGCUCCAGGCAAAGGGCUUGCUGGCCUAUCAGAAUAUUGUUUGAGCGCAGGAGCUGGCCAAUGAGGAGUGUGCUUCUUAGGUGCAGGAAGCCGCCAGACCUGGGUCUGUUAGUUUACUUGCCCUCCACUUUCUACCCCCACAUACACACUAGGCAUGUUUGUGUUCUUACGAAGUAGAUCUUAGAUCACAGGCCUAGAUGUCAAAGUCAUUUUCACUGACAGCAGGAGCCGCAGAAGGCUACAGGAAACUCCGUGGCUGGAAAUGGAGUCAGUGAGCUUUGAGGAUGUGGCUGUGAAGUUCACGCAGGAGGAGUGGGCUGUGCUGGAUCCAUCCCAGAAGGAGCUGUACAAAGAUGUGAUGCAGGAAACCCUGAGGAACCUGGCCUCUAUAGGAAAGAAGUCCAACACAGGGAAGGCUAUAAAUGAGUAUGAAAAUCUCUGGAGAAAACUAAGCAACCAACUGGUGGAGAAGUUCUGUGACUAUAAGUUGAAUAAACAUAUGGAGUUCGGGAGCAGCUUGAUGUGUCCUCUGUCCCUUCAGAUGCACAAAAGUGCUCACAGUGAAAAGAAACCUUCAAAAAAUAAGGACUGCGAAGACCUUUUCCUCCGAUCUGGUCAAGGAAAUGAAGAACAUCACCCUGCAAAAAAAUCUUACGUGCACCAGCCAUGUGGGAAAGGCUUCGCACAUCCCAGCCCUUUACAAAGGUAUCAGAAGGUUCACGGCGUUAAGAAGGCCUAUGUGUGUGAACUGUGUAGGAAAGGCUUUGCUCGGUUGGGUAACCUUUUCAGGCACCAGAGAACUCCAACUUGUGAGAAGACUUUUCUUUGUAAUCACUGUGGUAAACAUUUUUCUCGUUCCGCUCGCCUUCGAAGGCACAUGAAAACUCACAGUGGUGAGAAACCCUACGUGUGUGAGCAGUGUGGGAAAGGUUUUCUUCAUUCUGCUUACUUUCAGAUUCACAGAAGAAGUCACACUGGAGAGAAGCCCUAUGUGUGUAAGCAGUGUGGGAAAGCCUUCGCUGCUUCUCAGUACCUUCAUAUCCAUGAACAAAUUCACAGUGGAGAAAAACGUUAUGCAUGCAAGCAGUGUGGGAGCGCCUUCUCAUUUUGGAAUCAAUUUCAGAAACAUAAAGUAACUCACAGUGGUGCGAAUCCCUAUAUUUGUAAGCAAUGUGGGAAAGGUUUCACGUGUUCUGAUUCCCUGAAAGGACACAAGAGAAUUCACACUGGUGAGAAGCCCUAUGUGUGUCAGCACUGUGGGAAAACCUUUGCUCAUUUUGGUAACUGUAAAAGACAUGAGAAAAUUCACACUAUCCUAGAUCCCAGGCCUGGGUAUCAGGUCGCUUUCACUGAAGGCAGGAGCGGCUGGCGGACACCAGGACACCCAGAGGCUGGAAAUGCUGAGUCUGUUCUGGCUUCGCUGGGCCCGGCUGCUCGGGUCCGGCGUAAUGGAGCCGGGCCUGCUGUCCUGUCCCUUGCUCAGUGCGCGGCAUCUCUGGACAGAUGGGUACCAGCAUCCCCAGUCUCUGCGGUCUGGGUGGUGUCGGCAGAGGGUCGUGAGGGAGCAAUAGGACUCUCAAUUUUCAAAAAGCAAGGCAGAGAAGCAGCCAGACGCGAUCUCAAGGAGCUGAGACCACUUGAUUGGAACAGCGAGGGGCUCUUUUCCGGGAUGAAGGAGUCAGUGAGCUUUGAGGAUGUGGCUGUGAAGUUCACGCAGGAGGAGUGGGCUGUGCUGGAUCCAUCCCAGAAGGAGCUGUACAAAGAUGUGAUGCAGGAAACCCUGAGGAACCUGGCCUCUAUAGGAAACAAGUCGGACAAUCAGAUGAUUGUAAAUGAGUAUGAAAACCUCUGGAGAAAACUAAGCAGCCAACUGGUGGAAAAGUUCAAUGAAGAUAAGGAAAGUCAUCAGUGUGCAGAAAUCGUCAGCUACAAUCUGGGGCAGUCUGUGAACCUGAAUUCUUGUUCAGGACUUGCCAUAUGUGAAGAAGGUAAAAUUGGUCAUUCAUCUGUGGGUGUGCCGCUGAACCAUCCAGUAGGACACAAACCUAAUGACAACCAGAAACAUGGACAGACACUGUAUAAAGCUCAGGAGUUUGGGAACAGCUCCACUUCUCCUCAGUCCCUGCAGAUACAUAAAAGCACUCACACCAGAGAGAAAUCUUCCAAAAAUAAGGACCAUAAAGGAGACCUUUCUUGCCUCAGAUCAGAUCAAAGGUCUGAAGAACACGACCGUGCACAGAAGUCUUAUGUAUGCAAGGAGUGUGGGAAAGACUUCACCGAUCCUAGUUCUUUACACAGACAUGAAAAGACUCACAGUGCAAAAAAGCCCUAUGUGUGUGAACGGUGUGGGAAAGGCUUUGCUCGAUUAGUUUACCUUUCAAAACAUAAGAUGAAUCCAAAUUGUGAGAAGGCUUUUGUGUGCACUCACUGUGGGAAAACUUUCAGUACUUCUGCUACCCUUCGGAGACAUACAAAAAUUCACAGUGGUGUGAAACCCUAUGUAUGUAAGCAGUGUGGGAAGGCCUUCCCCGUUUCCCGUUACCUUAAAACACAUGAACUAACUCAUACCCGUGAAAAAUCUUACGUAUGUAAGCAGUGUGGGAGUGCCUUUCCAUUUUGGAGUCAGUGUCAGAAACAUAAAAUAACUCACAGUGGUGUGAAUCCCUAUGUCUGUAAGCAGUGUGGGAAAGGUUUUCCUUACUUCACCUCCCUACAGUCACACAAGAGGAUUCACACUGGUGAGAAGCCUUAUGUGUGUCAGCACUGUGGGAAAAGCUUUGCUCAUUUUGGUAACCAUAAAAGACAUGAAAGAAUCCAUGCUAGUGAGAGACCCUACGUUUGCAAACAAUGUGGGAAAACUUUCAAUGACUACGGUUCCUUUCAGUUGCACAAUAAAAUGCACACUGGGGAGAAACCCUACCAAUGUAAGCAGUGUGGGAAGGAUUUAGCUUCUUUGUCCUCCCUUCAGAGCCACGAAAGGAAUCACUGUGGAGAGAAACCCUAUGCAUGUUUGCAGUGCGGGAAAGCCUUCAGUUUUAAGAGCUCUCUUCGAAAGCAUAAAAUAAUGCACAGUGAGGAAAAACCCUUCGUAUGCAAGCAGUGUGGCAAAGCCUUUCGCCAUUUUUAUUUGCUUCGCGUGCAUGAACGAGUCCACAGCAGCGAGAGGCCGUACCAGUGCAAGCAUUGUGACAAAGCCUUUCAUUUUUCUUAUUAUCUUAAAAAACAUGAACGAAUCCACAGCAGUGAGAGACCGUAUCAGUGUGAGCAGUGUGGCAAAGCCUUUUGUUAUUCUAGUUAUCUUAAAAAACAUGAGAAACGAAUCCACAGCGGUGACAGACCCCAUCGGUGUAAUCAAUGUGGGAAAGCCUUUCAAUCUUCCGAUCAGGUUAGAAAGCAUGAGCGUGUCCACACUAAAGUCAGACCCCAUAAAUGUAAGAUGUGUGGGAAAGUCUCUAUAUUUCCCGGUCAACUUCAUGCUUGUGACAGACCUUAUUUAUGUAAGCAAUGUGGGAAAGAAUUUCUGUCUCCAUAUCGCUUGCGAAGACACGUGCUAACUCAUAGCAGAACAAAGAAGGGUGUGUGUAAUAAUGUGAAAAAGUCUCUCAUAGAAAUCAAACCACAGGAGAGCAAAACAGAUUAGGUUGCAAAGUGGGAAUAUGGCAAACAAGUCAUACUGGAGAAAAGCUACUCUUUCGAAUCAAUGUGGCUUUUAGAGUUAAAAGUUCCCUUCAGAUACAUGGAAGCAGCCCUCUGGAGAAAAGCUGCAAGCAAUGUGAUAAAGUCUUCUGAGUUCUUUUCAUUGUGGAGAUGUGAAAUAGCUCACACUGGAGAGAAAUCCUUAUCCACGCUCUGUGGAAAGUCUUUAGUUCUUAAGAGGCCCUCAUUUGACAUUGUAGUAGUCACUGUGGAGAGAAACCCUUCAUACAUGUGUGGUGGUUUGAAUAAGAAUGUCCCCCAUAGGCUCAUAUAUUUGAAUGCUUAGUCACCAGAAAGUGGAGCUGUUUGAAAGGAUUAGAAGGAAUGGAAGUUAUCACCCUGUUGGAUUAGGAGUAACCUUCUUGGAGGAAUUGUGUCAGUAGGGGUAGGCUUUGGGAAUUCAAGAGCCCACUCCAGAUCCACUCUCUCACCCUCUCUCUUUCUGUGCCUGUGGAUUAGUAUAGCUCUCAGCUACUGCUCAAGCACCAUGUUCCUAGCCAUGGUGACAGUGGACUAAAUCUCUGAAACUAUAAGCAGCCCCCAUUAAAUGCUUCUUCAUAUAAGACUUGCCUUUUUCAUGGUGUCAGAGGUGGUUUAAAUGGGAAUGGUACCAUAUUUGAGUGCUUGAUCAUUCAGGAUCCUUAACAAGGAUUAGUAGGCGUGGCCUUAUUGGACAUAGGUGUGGCCUCAUUGGAGGAAGUGUCAUUGGGGGUGGGCUUUAGGGUUUCAAAUGCUCAAGCGUGUUUCUCUUUUCCUGUUGCCUAUGGAUCCAGAUGUAGAAAUCUGAAGCUCCUUCUCCAGCACCAUGUCUACCUGCAUGCUGCCAGGCUUCUGCUCAUGAAAACAGUAGACUAAAUUUCUGACUUGUAGACAAGCCCCAUUUAUAUGUUUUCCUUUGUAACAGUUGCUGUAGUCAUGGUGUGUCUUCACAGCAAUAGAACAAGGAAUAAGUCAGUGUCUCUUCACCAAAAUAGAACAGUGACUAAGAGAUAUAGGGAAUCUUACUGUAAAGCUUUCGGUCAUCCCAGAAUUGUUUAUAGACACUAUAGAGAACUCACUGUAAAGUAGCCUCGAGUACAGAAUUUGUGAAGUCUCCAUGAUCAUUUUAGUAACUCUUUAAAAAAUGUAUCAUUCAUGAGUGGUAGUGGCUCACAUAUAUAAUCCAAGUACUUGGGAGACAGACACAGGCAGCUAUCUGUGAGUUCAAAGCCAGCCUGGUCUACAGAACUUGUUCAAGGACAGCCAAGGUUACACAAAGAAACCCUGUGUCAAUACAUACAUACAUACAUACAUACAUACAUACAUACAUACAUACAUACAUACUUACUCAUGGCAUUGGAAAAUACGUGAGAAGAUUUCUUGAUUCAACUGAAAAAUUAAAAAAUAGCAGCGUUUGGGAAACUUGAUAAAAAGAGAUACUUGAUUUUAACCUGACAGUCUCACCCACUGAGUCUGUUUGCUACCUCCAGUGAUCAGUCCUUCCCAGGGCUGGGACUGGCUGUGAAUAUCACUUACCAACUAUGUACAGGCAUGUGAUCCUACUUGGGAAGCUCGAGAGAAGGAUUCCAAUUUUCAGAGCUAUCUGGACGUAUUGUGUUCCUGGUCUUCCCAGGGAACCUGGGUUUCCCUUUGGGGGAUUUUACCUUGUUAAUGGUAGAAUUUAACAAGUGAGCCCAGAAGAAAUCUCAAGGACUAUGUACUAAAGUUUGAGUGAGGACCGCGCUGGGUUGCCGCCGCCGCCGCCAUCUUGCCAGCCCCACAGGUCUCAGUGAGGUGAGUGACUCCAGGAUGGGAGACAAGCCAACUUGGGAGCAGAUUGGAUCCAGCUUUAUUCAGCAUUACUAUCAAUUUGAUAACGACAGAACCCAACUAGGUGCAAUUUACAUUGAUGCGUCAUGCCUUACCUGGGAAGGACAGCAAUUCCAAGGCAAAGCUGCCAUUGUGGAGAAGCUAUCUAGCCUUCCGUUCCAGAAAAUUCAGCCUAGCAUCACGGCGCAGGACCAUCAGCCUACAUCAGAUAGCUGCAUCAUCAGCAUGGUUGUAGGCCAGCUCAAGGCUGAUGAAGAUGCCAUCAUGGGUUUCCACCAGAUGUUUCUAUUACAGAACAUCAACGAUGCUUGGGUUUGCACCAAUGACAUGUUCAGGCUUGCCCUGAACAACUUCAGCUGACCUCCUCCUGGCCAGAUAGUCACGCUGUUUCCUCCUCCCUCUGCCCAAUCCUAUCUCCUCCAGAUGCUCCAAACAUCAUACACAAAGGAGCGGGGCCGAGGUGGGAGUGGGCGCAGUGCUCGUCUGUCACCACGGUAUUGUGCAUGAUGUUGGGAUGCUAGACAGCUGCAUCUGACAGGAAAAGUUGGUGUUGUACAAGCGCAUGCCUUGGAAAGACUUAAGUAAUGCAAAAGAUUGUCAGUUUUUGGUUUUGUUUUCUUUUGUUGUUUUGUUUUCAUCUACUGACAAGUUGCUCUAGUAACCCAAAGAAGUGAAGGAGAAAGCAGCUGCCUAAAGAUAUGGAUUUGUUCAGAUGUUUCAAUGCCUCGUGAUACAAUAAAACCACAAAAAUUAAAAAAAAAAAACAAAAACAAAAAGUUUGAGUGAAAAGCAAUAUACCAGGCAAGCUAUAGGUCUUGGGGGCUGCCUGAAGAAAUGUGUCUACUAGUGUUUCCUCUGACUCCUUCUCCCACCCCCACCCCCCUUUUUUUCAGAGCAAGCAGCUGUCAAUUGGUAGCUUCUUAGUAUAACAGGGCCCCAGACCUUGGCAUUACUGACUCCCUGAUGGAAGAGUGAUCGGGGCUGUGAAACUCAGCACUUAGACAGCACCACUUGGUAAAAUAAAAACAAAGACCUGAUCCAUCAAAGUCCAUAUAGUUGAGAAGUCUCAAAAUGUGCUAAUCUUGCUUUUUGGGCUCCUGUACUUAUGUUUCUGGCUAACUGUUCUUGUUCAGUGAAGUACGUCAAACCAGAACAUGGGUUUUCUUUUUUUGGGGGGUGGGGGGCACUUAAAAGCUCAUCCUGGGAAAGGCUCAGGAUUACACUGGAGUCCUGAGCUCCCAGUGUAGCCACCAAGAGACUAAUAAAGACUUUCUAGUAUUUUAAA